UUCAUCAGUUCACAAGGUUAUAUCGAACACAGUCAUGGUCAACUCAGUGUCUCCAAUUCACCUGCAUGUCUUUGGACUGUGGGAGGAAACCGGAGCACCCGGAGGAAACCCAUGCAGACACGGGAAGAACGUUCAAACUCCACACAGAACGGACCCGGACCGCCCCACCCGGGGAUCGUACCCAGGACCUUCUUGCUGUGAGGCGACAGUGCUACCCACCGAGCCACCGUUCCACCCACUAUAAUGGUUUGGUGAAUGAGAUUUUGAGCAUAUCAGAAUAUUUCCCCACCCCCAUAUAUAUAAUGAUUUUGGCUUUGGUUUUCAUUUAUCAAGUGCAUAUUUACAAUAAAAUGUGUUAUACUGUACUUUCAAAAAAUGCUAGUAGGUGGAGAGGCUGAUUUAAACUGGCCCUUGGUGGAAGUGUAAAUGAUAAUAUGAUGCUGUGGGUUGAACUAACACAUUGCCCAGGGUGUAUUCUUGUCCUGCGCCAAAAGUUUCUGGGAUAUGUUCCUAUUUUAAACAUAAACAGGAAAGCACAACAUCAGAGGUAAUCUAUAUUUUAGGACUAAAACAUGUAUUUUAUUGCUUUUCCUUCAUACAGAUUAGAAAUAAUUCUCCUGUCCUGAUCCAAAUAAAAUGGCCGAAGCUGCGAAGUCUUUCUAUGUGGAUCAUUUUUGCUGUCCAGUCUGUCUGGAGGUCCUGAAGGAUCCAGUGACGAUUCCCUGUGGUCACACUUAUUGCAUGGAUUGUAUUAGUAAUGUCUGGGCAGAUGUGGAUCAAAAUGGAGUCUACAGUUGCCCCCAAUGCAGAGAAGCAUUUUCUUCCAAACCUGCACUGAACAAAAACAUUAUCUUUGCAGAAAUGAUUGAGAAACUGAAAAUUACAUCAGAUCAAACUACUCAUGAAAAGCAAUACAGUUCAGAGGUUGUGAAUUUGGAGUGCGACUCCUGCACUGGAACCAAGAAUCCAGCGGUAAAGUUCUGCCUGCAGUGUUUGGCCUCUUUUUGUGAGCUUCACUUACAGCCUCACUUCGAAUCUCCUGCAUUUAUGAAACACACGCUGGUCCAAGCCUCUUCACAGAUGCAGAAAAACAUCUGCCAGCAUCACGUCAGACUGCUGGAUAUCUACUGCCAUGACGAUCACCAGUGUAUCUGUUACAUGUGCAUGCUUGAUAGUCAUAAGGACCACAAGACGUCAUCGGUGGAGUCUGAGAGGAUUAAAAAUCAGAAAACAUUGGAAGGUACUAAGACCCAGUGGCAGCAGAUGAUUGACCAAAGAGAAGAAGGUCUACAGGAGCUUAGCAGAGCUGUGACUUCAUUUAAGUCUUUUACACAGGCAGCCGAGGACGACACUGAGCGGAUUCUCACAGAGCUCAUGAGCUUCAUAAAGGAAAGAUUCUCAAAGGUGAAGGAGUUAAUCAAAACUCAUGAGAGGAGAGAACUGAGCCGGGCUGAUGAACUUCGAUUUCGGAUCAAUCAGGAGCUCACAGAUCUGAGGACAAACACGGCAGGAAUAGAGGAACUUUUAGCUACAACUGAUGACAUUGUUUUCAUGAGGAAAUACAAUCUUCUCCAAGCUUUCCCUGCAUAUAAAGACUUAUCCUCCAUAACUUAUCAUCCUUGUGAGUCCAGUGGAACCAUUUCCCUGUCUGCACAGGGUGUUUGCAUUUUAUAUCUUUUCAGUUAUGAACAUCUUUGUUGUGCCGCUUCCAGAGCCGAAGACCAGAGAAGAUUUUCUGCGCUAUUUCUGUGAUCUUUCUGUGGAUCUGAACACCGUCCACAAUAAGGUUUAUCUGUCUGAAGAGAACAGAAAAAUUACACAAAUCAAU